UGCUCCCCAUUAAGGAUUGGCACCUUUGGGGAGUGGGGGGGGGGGGUACCCGAAUUUGACAGGUACCCGCUCCCACUUCCGGUCCGAUCGCCUAGGCGAUCGAAAGCGGAAGGUGUCCUCCUCCCUCCCUGUAGUCUUUUGGGACACAUGACAGGUCCCAGAAGACUACAGGACCAUUCAUGAAGCCCAGCGCUACUUGUGCAUGCGCAGUGGGUACCCAGCUGUAAAGCCACAAGCUUUUACAGCCGGGUGCCCGUACUGAAGAGGACGGCCUCCUGGAAUACAGGACAGCCGGUGAAAUGGGCUGCGGGGGACACAACACGGGACCGAGGGACA